UGGUCAUUCAAUCUCGUCUUGGCGCUCAUCCUCAUAUCCUCAAAUCUCAAGACAUCCAUUUCGUCAGCUUCGGCUGGACUCAGUGACGUCAAUAAAUCUUCUGGUCGUAUCCGGAACCUGUUCACUUAUCGGUCUACGCGCCACGAUCCUUUACUAUCAUGAUCCCGAUCACUGUCUUUACCGGAUUCCUUGGUGCAGGAAAGACUAGCGUCAUCCUGUCACUACUCCCCCAACUUCCCAAGGACUAUAAGGUUGUUUUGCUGAAGAAUGAGUUCGGAGACGUAGAAGUCGAUAGUAAGCUUGCUGAGCAAUCGAGUCUGACUGCUGUUAGCGAAAUCUUGAAUGGAUGCAUGUGCUGUGUCUUGGUCGGCCAGAUGCAGACUGCUUUGUUGGAGAUCAGAGGUCAACCUCCUCGCUGUACUUGAAGCAUGUCCAUAACUUCAAUAUAGAAAAGUUCCAUCCGGAUCGCAUUAUCAUCGAAUGCUCAGGAUCCGCUUUCCCUGCCACUCUUGCGUUCCAAAUUCGGGAACUGGAGCGUCAGACCGACGGGGAUCUGAAGCUGGAUGCGAUCGCGACCGUCAUCGAUGCCGAGAAUUUCACCGGAUAUGAGGACACGUCGCCGACAGCCAAGAUGCAGGCAAGCUAUACGGAUAUCAUUCUGAUUAAUAAAUGGGAACUGGUGAAUGACCGCAAGCUGGACACCGUGCUGGAUCAUCUGCACACAUUGAACGACUCAACCCCCAAAAUCCGUUGUCGCGGACGAGACGGUGUGGAUCCCAGUCUCAUUUUUGGUCUGCAGUCCAAACUAUUUCUGGACGCGGACACUCCAGCGCCUGUUCAUAACGACGAGGUUGAGACCGUGUCAAUCGGUGGCCACAAGCAUCAUGACCAUCCUCACGAAGAUGCACAUCAGAUCGAGCAUGCGACAGAAGACAUCGACGAGGAAGUGCUCACGGGCGCUCUGUCCCAGCUUUCGAAGGAAUCGGUCUGGCGCGUUAAAGGGUUUAUCCGGAUCAAGGGGAAGGGAACAUACAUUCUCAACUGGGCUUUUGGGCGGUUCGAUUUGACCGUCUAUAGAGAUGACGACAUAGAUAUGCCUCCCGUCAGGCUCACGGCAAUGGGAGAGCGGGGUGCACUGAAACCCUCCAUUCGUAGAUUCUGUCUAGCAUUAAAAGUCCAACUAACGUAGAAUGCAAUCUAACUGCUUACUUCAAA